CUGGGGAGUAUGUCGUAAACAAUCAAGAGUCGCACUGUAUGAAGUGACUAUAAUAGAGUUUCUACAUCCGGAUGCAGUUCCCAACCACUUUCAGAGCCACUGCAAUCCAUACAGCCUCCCCGCACUUCAUGUGAGCUUCAAAUAAACGAGGAUGGAGCCGAAGGAGGAAGAAAAUCGACUUCGUAUGGAGAAUGCAUCCCCUGCAACAACAUUAAAUACCCAUGAUGUUGCCUCUGAACUCCAAGGCACUACUAGUGAUGUGUCGCCUCUGUUAUCGCCUUCUGACGGCGCGUCCAGGUCUUCUACAGACUCAAUGACCAUCUUAGCGUUUGAAAAGACAGUGGAGGAGUUAGAGGAAGCCACCUCUGUCAGUAUGGAUGACUUCAACUUCAACCAUGAUGUGAAGGGUCCCAUAGCCGAGCUGUGUCCAGUUUGUGGAGACAAAGUAUCCGGGUACCACUAUGGUCUUCUUACCUGUGAAAGUUGUAAAGGUUUUUUCAAGCGCACAGUCCAGAAUAAAAAAGUCUACUCUUGCGUAGAUGACCAAAGCUGCCACAUAGACAAAAGUCAGAGGAAACGCUGUCCAUAUUGUAGAUUUCAGAAAUGCUUACUAGUUGGAAUGAAGUUAGAAGCUGUACGGGAGGACAGAAUGAGAGGAGGAAGAAAUAAAUUCGGACCUAUGUAUAAACGAGACCGUGCCAUGAAGCAGCAACAGGUCCGGCAACGCAGUGGUUCUCUCAAUUCCUGCCAGUUAGCAAUAAAUGACAGCUUGGCAUUGUACGACCAAGACCAAAGUCGCGACCAGGUUAGCCCCAUAAUGCUAAAUAUGAAUGGUGGCCAAGUUGGUCCGAAGGGAGAGAUGGACUCCACGGGCAUUUUCAUGGCAGACUCUUCCAAAGGAAUGGCUUCUUUUCCCUCCUCUCAGUAUUCUCCUGGACUUCUAUCACAUCCUGUUGCCCACAGUCAUGUAGAGAUGGCGCCACAGGUGCAAGUCCCACACCUAAACCAGCAAUCCCAACCACCACCACAACAACAGCAGCAGCAACGACAACACCAGCAUCAACAGCAACAGCAACAACAGCGUCAGCAACAACAGCAGCAACAACAGCGUCAGCCACAACAGCAGCAAUAUUUACCACAACUGCCUCAGCUAAUGAAAGAUUUACAAAAAAUUGAAGCAGAGAGAGAUAGAACAAAGGAGAAUAAAGUAAUUAACUUUCUUCUGGAUCAGAUCCCAAAGGUUGCUUCUGGGGAUGUCCAGCCUUUAUUGAUGAUUCUGUGCAAGCUGGCUGAUCAGAUGCUGUUUUUAUUAGUGGACUGGGCCAGGGCAGCUCUUUUCUUCAAAGACUUAAAGGUUGAAGAUCAGAUGAAGCUGCUUCAGAACUCGUGGAGUGAGCUGUUGAUUAUGGACUUCCUUUUUAAACAAAUGAAAAACAAAAGUUGGCCAUCUGAUAUAGUACUGCCAACAGGGCAACUGCUAAGGGCAGAGUAUAUGAACUCCCUCGAUGUAGUAGAUAUCAAGAACCGCCUGUCAGAUCUAGUCAAAAAGUUCCAGGAGCUGAAACUGGAUCACAAUGAAUACCUGUGUCUUAAAUACCUGUUAUUGCUCAAUCCAGAUGUAAACGGUGUCUUGGAGCAGCGUUAUGUCGAACAAUGCCAAGAGCGGAUUAACGCGACCCUUUUGGAGUACAGUAUGCUGUUUAACCCAGACUUUAAGGAUAAAUUUGGACAGUUAUUGCUGCGAAUGUCUGAGAUUCGAUUGUUGAGUAUACGGGUUGAGGAAUAUCUGUACUAUCGACACCUUCAUGGGGAUGUACCAGAACAGACUCUGUUAAUGGAGAUGUUACAUGCCAAGAGGAAAUGAAUGGUUGUUUGAAAUAGGAAAUUGGCUUGCUCCUGUGCAGAAAAAUGGAAAGAGGAAGAUAUCGUUGGUGAAACUGUGAUAUGCGUGAUUGUGAUGAAAUGUUAUCACAUCUAGUAGCAUUAGGACAUGAAUAAUUGUGCAGCAUGUUUGUGUACGUCUCAUCUUUGUCUCUUACUUUCUUUCUCUUUCUCUCCCUCUCUCUCUCUCUCUUUCUCUCAAUGGUUGUGUCAGAAAAAAAGACCUGGCCAGUUUUGGAGAGAUAAGAAGACAUUUGGCUUAACAGAUAAGCCAAGUGGCUUUCAAUAAAAUAAGGAGUGGAAACAUGGCAUUUGAUUUUCUUUUUGCUGAUCAUCUCCCCGUAUAAUUUUUCUAAUUCUCUAAUGGAGACUCUUCCAAAUAAAAAGUAUGUUUUGCAGAAUUAAAAGUAAUGACAUAAAUUGUAAUUGGAAUGAACAAAACAUGAGUGUUGCCGCAUGCUGCUGUUGCAUCUGACUUUAGGUGGGGAAUACCUUGCUUCUGGGUGUAAGGCUCAUUCAUUAUGUUUAUCUUACAUCCAAAAUUAAGAAGUAGAUUCAAUGUCAUCUCUUUUCAAAUCAAGUUUGCCUAUGUAUUGAGAAGAUUGAGAAUCGCUUAUGGCAAACAUCAAGUUUUUUUGCAAAUAGAUAUACUUAUGUUAAUUUGUAUUUUAUCUUUGUGAAUGACAGAGGAAGAUUUUCUACACAAUCAUUUCAAGAGACAUGUCAUUCAGGGGUAUUGGACUCCCAAUUCAGAGGUAGAGUGGAGAAAUUACUCUGGCAUUUUG